CAAACGUUUAUAAAUUGGUAUUAAUAUUAUAAAUUAAUAAAUAUAUUUUAAAAUUUAAUACAUAUAUUUUGUUUUUGAAAAAUCGAAUCACAGUUCUUGGACACAAAAUGAUGAAGGGUUUUGUGUAGACCAAGUGCCGAGACUGUGACCGAGACCCGCCUGCACUGCCGCCGGGAGUGUUCAACCUCGACAUCAGCCUCUGCCUUCCUCCCUUCUUCAGCUCUCUUCGGAAUGAAGGCGUCUCUGAAGAGCAGAUAUGAAGCUGACAAAAACAGCGCCGCCACGACCCUCGCCGUCAACGCCGGCGACGUCAAGCUCCGAGCGUCCUUGACUGACGCCACCGUCGUCAACGGCCCCUCCUUGAACGGCCUUGCUAUCGCCGUCGAGAAUCCCGGACGCUUCAUCAUCGACUACAACGUCCCCAAAAAGGAUUUCCGAUUUCAGUUCAUGAACACGGUUAGGGUUUUUGAGAAGCCUUUGAACAUGACUUACAUUCACAGCAGAGGCGAUAAUCGGACGAUAUUGGAUGGUACGCUUGUGUUCGACUCGGCCAACAAGGUAUCGGCCAAUCACAUGAUUGGUUCGAGGAAUUGCAAGUUGAAAUAUGCUUUUGUGCACAGAGGAGUGACGACGUUCGAGCCCUGCUAUGAUGUGGCCAAGGAUUCGUGGGACUUCGCGGUGUCGCAGAAGGUGUAUGGAGACGAUGUGUUUAGGACUUCGUACCAGACGUCGAGCAAGGCAUUGGGGCUGGAGUGGUCGAGGAAUUCGAAGCUGAAUGGAUCUUUCAAGAUUUCGGCAUCCCUCAAUUUGGCUGAAGAAUUAAAAAUGCCGAAAGUAACUGCCGAGACUACUUGGAAUUUUGAAAUGUGAUUUUUUCUUCCUUUUUGUUUGGCCAUUGUAAUUUCUUACAUUUGUCUUGGAUCAUUUUCUGCUGUCUUAUAAACGAGCUGGUCACCAGAUCAAGGGCAGCUCUGUGAACAUUUAGCCAUUUAUUGUCCACAAAACAUUGUGUUUACCCAAAAUUUCUUCUUUCCCAA